CGAAUUCUCACUUGCUAAUCCUUUUCACCUACUUUAACAUCAGCCUUCUCCCUCAAUCUCUAUCUCUCUCAAACUUUUUGCCUUUAACCCCUGGGAAAAAUCUGUAUCCAAGGACAUACAGGAAACAAGAAGUUGAAAAACUACACUGCAAGAAACGAUAUUCAUGGAAGAGAUUAUGUCCCCCUCUUCUUCAUCUUCACUUUUGUCUUUUUGUCAAGAAUCCUCGCCCCCUCUCCAACAACGCCUCCAAGUCAUCCUCCAGAGCCGCCCUGGAUGGUGGAUCUACGCCAUCUUCUGGCAGGCCUCCAAGGAUGCCAGUGGCCGCCUUGUUUUAUCAUGGGGUGAUGGGAAUUUCCAUGGCUCUAAAGACUUUGCAAUCAAACCAAGCAACAAACAGAACCAGCAACACAAAUUCGGUUUCAAUCUUGAAAGAAAGAAGGUGUCUAAAGAGUUCCAAGCUCUUUUUAGUGAUGACAUGGAGAUGGACAGAUUGGCAGAUGCUGAUGAUGCUGACUAUGGGUGGUUCUAUACCGUAUCAGCAACGCGAUCAUUCGCAAUUGGAGCAGGAGUUCUUGGCCAGGCAUUUGCCUCCGGAGGUUUCACUUGGUUGACUGGUGAUCAUGAGCUACAGUUAUAUGAGUGUGAAAGAGUUAGAGAGGCUCGUAUGCACGGGAUACAUACUUUGGCCUGUAUCUCAACUUCUUGCGGAGUUGUUGAAUUGGGCUCCUCCCAUAUGGUCAAUGAAGAUUGGAGCUUGGUGCAACUGUGCAAAUCGCUUUUCGGUGCAGAUGUCGCCUGCCUGGUCUCCAAGCAGCCCAGCCCUGAAUCUCAUCUUCAAAUUACAGAUCGGGGUGCUACUUUCCUUGAUAUUGGAAUGUUUUCAGGUUCUCAAAAGGAGACCUCUCCAGAGAAGCAAAACGAAGUAGACAAAAAGAAAGAUGCUUCGGGUUCUGGUAAAGGCCGAUCGUCUUCUGACUCUGGACCUUCUGAUUCUGAUGGCAAUUUUGCUGCAAUUACUAAUCAGUUCAAGAAAAGGGGAAGAAAACCAAAUGGCAAAGAAUUGCCUCUAAACCAUGUCGAAGCGGAGAGGCAGCGUAGAGAGAGACUUAAUCACCGAUUCUAUGCACUCCGAUCAGUGGUUCCUAAUGUGUCCAAGAUGGAUAAAGCAUCUCUUCUUGCAGACGCAGUCACUUAUAUCAAGGAGCUCAAGGCCAAAGUUGAUGAAUUGGAGGGCAAACUGCAAACAGUGUCCAAGAAAUCCAGGAUUAUUAAUACAAGCGUCUAUGACAAUCAAUCAACCAAUUACAUGGUUGAUCAUUUGAUUCCUUCCUCAAGUUAUGCAGCAAAGGCAAUGGAGGUGGAUGUAAAGAUUGUAGGGUCAGAAGCCAUGAUCCGAGUCCAGUCCCCGGAUUUUAAUUACCCAGCUGCAAGAUUGAUGGAUGCACUUAGAGAACUUGAGUUUCAAGUUCAUCACGCAAGUGUGUCAAGCAUCAACGAGAUGGUGCUUCAAGAUGUUGUGGUCAGCAUUCCAGAAGGAUUGACAAAUGAAGAGGUUAUGAGAAGUAUUAUUUUUCAAAGAAUGCAGAAUUAAGCUAGCUUUCUGAAGGAAUAACCUCACCUGGGUUCCUUAAUUAAGGUGAAGUUAUUAAGAUAAGGAACAUAAAAUGUUAUCAAAAUGUACUUAUAACUGUUUGUUUUUCCAACUAUAAUUCUGUGCUAGUUCCUUUUGCAGUACCUAAGUUCAUAAGGAAUAUCAAUACGAAAAAUAUGAAGUUUUGAUUUU